AAACAUGGCGGAUUAGUGUGUGUGCAUGGAGUCCGCUACUCGCCACUCCUCGUCGAUUAAUGAAAGCCUAUAUCUCACAAAAACCGGCAUAUUCUUCAACAGGUCAAAAUGUUUCGCCGGUCCAGAUUUAGUGUGCGUCCCAACGUCGGUACGGCAGGGAGAACAGCAGCAGCACCUCAGGAAGCCCCCUCAGCAACCCAGGAGACCAGCGAGACUCCAAGAGAUGCCAGUGAGAGCAGCAGCGCUGCAGCUGUGACAGACAACAAGUCUGAAGUGACCUUGCCAGAAAAAGCUCCAGCUUCAGGGGAUGGCAAUGAUCCAAAUGGGGAAGGUACCAGCUCCUCAGCAGCCGUCCAGAGAAGGAAGCGGUUUUCCAUCAAGCCCAAAGUGGCCCCUGGACGCCCCGCCACUCUCUCUCGGACACCAAAGUCACCUGUCAAGGCAGUCUCUGAAGCUCGUGUCGAAGGCUCUGGCUCAAAUCUUGACAAGCCAACAACAUCUAGCCCACCUGGAACUUCAGCAGCCCCUCAGGGAUUCCAGUCCCCAAGGAGAAGAAGGCCUUCAGAAGAGACCAAGCAGCUCAAAAUACAGUCUAAAGCCACCACCAUUUCUCCCAGUGCUUUAGGACCUUUGGAUGUUCCUGCAGCUGAGGACUCGCUAGAACAAACCCAUCUGCCAGCAGACAGUAGCAAACAAUUAGGAAACAUUUCCACCACUCAGGUCAGAGAAGUUCCUCCCAGACCACCAGAUAAAGUACCACCCUCUCUGCCAGACAAAGAAGCUAUUGAAAUAUCAGAGAAAGCCAAGACUCUUGUAUCAUCUAAGAAUGUGCUUUCGCUGACACAGUCGGCCUACUCCCUGAGCAGACUCCUAAAUGGCCCAUCGGACUUACAGAGGCUUGUAAAGGCCCAGAAGCUCAGAGAGCUGCUCAGACAGGAGAGGCGCAAAGAAAAGAAACUCAAGAAAGCUAAGGCGCUUCCAAAGGAAUUCACUUUAGAUCCUGCCAAAAUGACCAUGAGGGACCUUAUCCGUUAUCUUCCAACAUCCAACCCCAUGACAUCUAGUAUUGAGGACUCAGCUCCAGAUAAUGAGACUGUGAUCCCACCUUCACCAGGAAGAGAAGCGUCUCCGGAGCGAGCACAGGAACCUGAAGUGCUCCCCGACACGGCAAACUCAAGGGAGGACGAUGAGGAGGAGGAGGCAGCAGAUGAAGACCAAGAAGAAGCACUUAUGGUUCCUCAGGUCAAAGUAGCAGAAGAUGGCUCGCUGAUCAUUGAUGAGGAGAGCUUAACAGUGGAAGUCCAGCGAGCUAAAGGGCCGAACCCAGCAGAGAAUCGAGACCCCAUCUUUGAGCGCGGUUCCACCACAACUUACUCAAGUUUCAGGAAAGGAACCUAUUCGAAACCAUGGUCCAGUGAAGAGACGGAUAUGUUCUUCCUGGCAGUUAGCAUGGUGGGGACAGACUUCUCCAUGAUUUGUCAACUGUUUCCACACAGAGCUCGAUCAGAAAUAAAGAACAAAUUCAAAAAAGAAGAGCGAGAGAAUUCCUGGAGGAUUGACAAAGCUUUCAGAGAGAGGCGCAGACUGGACAUAGAAUAUUUCUCCAAGCUGCUAGAGAAAAUUUUAGAAUUUCAGAAAAGCAGAAAGAAACUCAAGUCACUUGCUGAGAAGAACUCCCCCAAGAAGCGCAAGAGGAAGACAAAAGCCAAAAAAUCAGCACGGAAGCUGAGUGAUGUGGAGGAGGGAGAUGAAGAAGAAGAUGAGAAUCAAGUUCCGGACUUGGAGGCAGAGGAGGAAGGAGAGAAAGAGAACGAGGACCUCUGUAAUGAGGGAGGAGUCCCUGCUUCUGAGCCGAAGAGAAAAUGCAAAAGAAAGAAAGACGCCUUGGCUGAAGAACCAAAUGAAAAGAAAAACAAAACAGGUGAGGCCGGCAUACCUGAAGACGCUGAGGCGGCACUUCCUGAAGACCACACAAGUCCAGACAUGUCUGAAAAGUCUCAAAAUGUAAAUUCAGCCAAGGACACCACUAUCAAGCCAGCCAAACUCUCACGAGGCAGAGCACCGAAACCACUGCUGCCUUUGGGCCGGAAGUGGGGUAAAAAGCUUCCACCUUCCACAACGGCCAAAGAUCCUGCUACAGAAAAAGGGGACGAAUGCGUGAGUGAUGGAGCCACCGCAGAGCAGGUAAACAAAGAUGCGUCACCUUCAAGCCAGGCCAAAAGCAAGAAGUCUGCCAGUGAUGACAUUUCCUCUGAAGAAGAAGAUGUCGCUGUUAAACCUCCACAGCCUACCAGAUACGGCCGAGUGCCCAAACCCACCAAGCCCUUGACGUACCCUGCCAAAGAGGAGGCACACUCCUCUGCUUCUGAAACCACUGCUGCCUCACCAGUGGGGUCCGCUGCUUCUUCUGCCAAACCUAAACCCAAAUGCCCGGCCAAGAGGCGGAGAUCAUCAAAGCCAGAAUCAACCCCAAAGUCUAAAAAGCCCAAACUCGUCAUGCUCAGGGCCUCUCAGUCAGAUUUCAGUGAUGAGGAUGAAGACGUGGAGGAGGAUCAGCUUGGAUGUGGCUCCAGUAGAGACGGCCACGCUCCCAUAUUUGUGCCUGCCAACCUGAACGCCUCUCAACCUGGGAUCUCAGAAGUGGAUGAAUCUAUGGUGGAGCUUGAUAUCUUGGCCAGUAUGCCUGAUGUGUUGGGCAUUUCCCAAGAUGCACUGUGCCCUGAUUCCUCUUGUGAGCAGGCACAACAUGAGGCAGGCACAGCUGAACCAUGUGAACACCAGUUGGACCUGCUGGUUGAUGUUAUAGACUUCCUUUCUUCAGAACACACAGAAGUAGCUGAGGAUGAGAGCUACAAUGAGGCUGCUCAGACCCUGUUGACCAUCGGUAACCUGGCUCACAUCCCUCAGUCAGCACCAAAUCAAACAGUCUUGCAAGAUCACACAGCAGUUGCAGGUACAUCAUCAGCUGCUGUGAAUGAAACCAGCCGCCUUGAAGGACAGACUAAAUUAAACCUUCCUGCACAAGAGGAAAGCAUCACUCCUUCUGUGUCUGCAGCUUUUAGUCAAGAAGAAACAUCACAAACUGUUUCUACUGUGGAACUACAAGGCAGUGGAGACAUGCCUGUUAUUACAACCAGUGAUCAGAUGUUCGGGGAACAGAAGACAGUUUGUGAUAUGGAUCCUGCCCCUCAGUCAGAAAUCUCAAAUAUAAGUUCUCCACAAACCAAGAGGGGACGCUUAUCUAAAGUGAAACCCAAACCUAACCUUGGCCAAACCUCAAGGAUUGCUCAGCCAAAAUCCCGACCAGAGACAUCAACAGUAAGGACAGCUGAAGAGAGCCAGUCGGUUGCUCCAAGCGUUUCUCAAGCCACUGAGACACUAUCAGUCGAGGAAGAAACAACGCCAAAGACAUCAGACUGUGCUCCAGGAUUAUUAAAGGAUAGCAUGUCCAGUACUGAAGUCAUUCUGACAGAAGAGCCAUCUGGCACUCCGAAGUUUGUUGACCAGAUAGAAUCAGAUGCAGCAAUGUCAGAUCACAAUUCCUCAGAAAUUCAGAGUCACUGCUUUUCUGAAUCCCAGUUUGAGCCCAGUAGGGAUCAGUCUACCAGAGACACAAAGUCAACAUCUGAGUCCACAGAUGAAAAACUUAAAUCUUGUGUUGGAACAGCUGAGGCUGGUUUUAAUACUCCUGCGACGUCUGACUCAGCAGUCACAGAGGUUGAAAAAGGGUCGCACACCGAUUUAGUAUCAGUUCCAAAGAGCAGCAACAAACCUUCACGUGUUUCCCCUCCAGAAGAUUUAUCUGAAAAACAAAAGGAAGAGACUGUAGUCCCAACAACCUGCCAGACGAGAAGGGGUCGAUUACAAAAAUUCAAACCAAAACCAAACCUACCACAAACAUCCAGAACUGCAAAGUCUAAACUUCAAACCACAAAAGAGCCUGCAGACAAAGACUCAAGUCCAACUCCAAGCCUUGACCUCCAUAACAAAACAACAGAGGUGGAACCACAACUAACAUGCAGCACCUCUCUUGAAAAACAAAGUGAAAGCACUGAUCCUGCUUUAUUGAAUUUAGGUUCUACUCAUACACCUGCAGAGGAACUGUCCACACAUGAAGAGAAAAACAUAUCUGUUGGACUUGUUGUUCAGGCAGACUUAGGGGCCACAGCGUCCAAUCAGACUGCCUCAGAGAACCAGCAAGCCCAGUUUGAACCCAGUAAAGAGCAGGAAACCAGAGGCACUGAGUCAACUUCUGAGUUCACCAAUGAAAAUCUGACAAGUGUUGGAACAACUGAAAGUAGUUGUAAUAUUGUGGUGACGACUGACUCAACAGUCACAGAAUCACAAGUUCAACAAGGGUCAGAUGUAGAUUCAACUCCAGUCCAAGAAAACAGUGGCCAACCUGCCAUAGAAGAGCUACCAGUCAGUAAAGGUCGGGGUGAAGCUGCAUCGACUUGUCAAUUGAGGAGGAGUCGAUUACAAAAACCAAAACCAAACCUGCCACAGACAUCAAGAACAGUGCGAUCUAAACCGCAAUCCAGAAAAGACCCUGUCACACUCAUGCAGAUUGUGGAAAAACCUCCCGUCCCAGUUUCUACGUCUGAUUCCACUGACAACACAACAGCACAAGUAGAAGUGCAGCCAAGUUGCAGUAGCACCCCUCCAGAAAAAUCUAGUCAUAUUAAAAGUACUGGUUCUCCUUCAGUUCCAGUACAAUCACCAGAAUUAGGCUCUAUUCACAAAUGCACACAGGAAUUAUCUUCAACUGAAGAUGAAAAGACAGAUAGUGGAUGUGGAUUAGUUUCAAACACAGAGGCCUCGGAAAAAAAUGUUCCUCAAAGAAGGCGGCGGUUUCCUAAAGUGACACCCAAGCCCAAUUUAGGAUCAUCCACUAGAACGACAAAACUUCAGUCAGAUAAUAUCAAUAAACUUUCAGAACACUGCCAAACGGAUAACACCUCAAAUGUAACAUCAGAUAAACAACCUUCGGACAAUAACAAUGCACAAACGGAUCAGAGCCUCACAGAAAAAGAUGACAAGCACUUGACGUCAGCACAGUGUUCAUUAAGUGCAGGACAUACUUCAAUAGAAGUUGGACCUGUGGAUUCUGACAAAUUACUGGACAGUACAAAUAUUAAAGCUACAUCCUCGGAUGGUAUGGCCUUGGCAACAUCUUCCGAUGCUGAGAAUCAAUCUGUGUUGACAGAGUCAGUUCCUGAAUAUAAAAAUAGUGAACAAGCCACAGCUAAAAUGGAAUCAACAAAGGACAAAUUGUCAAAUAAUGAUCCAGUGGAGGCUAAUCCUACUUCACAAGAAGAUGGCAUGCUGGACAUGUCUAGCGAAGUUACAGAGACAAAUGCUCAACAAACAAAUGAUCCAACUGCAGUUUCAGAUGUGCAGCUUUCAGAAGAUGCCUCCACAGAGUCAGAACAAAUGUCCGUAUUGGCUCCUGCUGCCAGCCCCAUAUGUUCAGACAGAGACUCAUCUGUUCAAAGCACUGAUCAAUCAGAGUUGACUGGCACUUCUAAGCCCUUAAGUAAAGUUCAUCACAUCCGUAGAGGUCGGCUUAUCAAACCCAAACCCAACCUGGCAUGCAGCAGUCGUCCUUCACAACCCCGGAAAAUACAGAACACAAUGCCAGCAGAAGCAGAAUCUGGCAGUUGCUCACAGAGUGUGGCUGCUUCUGUUGAUCCAAAAUCUGUGUGUGAACUCAGACCUGACAUGCAGGAAUCAGUUAAGGGAGUUAUUGAUGAAUUUAGUAACCAGAGCGCCACUCCAAGUGAUGCAGGCUCUUCUGUUGGCUGCUAUCUGCAACAACAAAGUGAAAAGGACUCCCCUUCAGAUGGUCCUCGAGCCUCUCUAGAUUAUGUACCUUCUACCCAGAUUGCAUCAACGCCAAGUACAGAAGGCAUCCAGAGCUAUCCAGUUUUUUCAGGGAUGCUGCCAGUGCAGGUGCCUUCAGAUCCUGAUGAGCCGUUUUUCAUCCUCUCUCUGACUGAGAUCCCGGUUUCCUCAUCAGGGGAAGUGGGGAACAGUGCAGCUGAGCACCUCUCUUAUCUUCCUGUAACAGAUGCAUCAGUCCAGCGGGCCAGCAGCGUUUGUGGAGAGAGUUUAGUGGCAGCAGGAGAUGGGCCUCUGGCUAGUGCCCCUGCGAUCAUGUCUGCAGAGGGGAGUCCUGUGAAGGGCCCCAUCGAUGGAAAAGAUAUCGGGCCAGACCCAGCUGCAGUUACAUGUUCUACCAUCAAGAAUCCAGUGGAUCCACAUGGAACUACUGCAGUCCAGCCAGGAAAGAGUCCAGAGACUGCAGACAAUGAUGAGACAAACGUAGCCUCUGUAAAGCAGAAACUAAUGGCUACUGGAAGAAGAGCCAAACCGCAGGUCAAGUCCAGUAAUUCAGGGAAGAAGCAAACAAGAAACACCCUUGUAGCAGAGUCAGUCCCCGCCCAAACAAACACCACACAGGACUCGGAGCAUCCUGCGGAUUCUGUGCAGCCAAAAGCCUUUGAUGAGCCUGAGCCACAUAAAGGAGGUGGCAGUGAUGUAGACACUGAUAAAGAGACUCUGACAGGUGGUCAAGAUCCCCACAGCAGCUCAAGAGCACAAACUAAACAGAGUAGUGGAACAAGUAGUUGGAAAAGAAAACCCAAAGACUACCCUCCAUUCCUUUCUAGAACUGCCCCAAAAACAGCAGAAAAACAAUCCUCACCAGAGCCCGUAGCCUCCACAUCACAUGAUGUCGCUCCCACGCCUAGUUGGACACAGGGAAAGGAAGCCCAUUCAACAUCUACUACUUCACCAACACCAACAGACGUGGGCAUCCAGCAGAUGUCUGACCACCGUCCCGACAGCUCAGAUCCAACCCCAGGCUCGUCAAAGUGUCCAGCUGAGGCUUCAGCCUCUCAGGAAAGUGACUGUAUGGAAAGCAGCACUUUAGAGGAGGAGGAGCCCACCAGCGUGUCUCAGUACUUCUUAAGUGACAUUUUUACAGAAGUGGAGGAGGAAUAAAAAGCAGAGAGGUGAAAGGAGGGGAGGAACCUGCAGGUGGUUUGCAUUGUUGUCGUUAAGUUAUGUCUGUAAAAGUUAAUUUAUAACUAAAAUUUAUUUUUUGUCUGGCAGCUGUACUGCUUUAUGGAGUAUGCUGACAAAUGCAUUUUCACUUUUACAAGCACUUUGGAUGUGUACAGAACUUUUUUAGUUUGCCGAAAUUCAUUUCUAAAUUGCCAUUUGUUCAAAUAUUACAUACUGAAACGUUUUUCACCUGGAUAACAAAACAUCGAUGAGUGACUGGUUUGACUGAAGGAGUGGCAGCAACACUCACAUUUCAUAACAUUUUUAUUAACGAGCUGUGAAAAUGUAAAUAUUGUACAAUAGCAAGCGUUUUUUCCAUAUUUGUCCAAUUUUCAGACCCCAAUGUUGGUCUCAAGAAGAAAAAAUAUAACUCAGUAACUCAGCAUUAUGUACAGUUGUACGUUUCAGUGUAUUAUUUUUUAAAUGUCUCUGCUGUGCAACUUUGGAUAUCCUGAAAUUGGCUUUUCAUUUAGACAGCAAAGACAUUAAGUAGAAUUUCAUUCAGUAAACUGGAUCCAGUUCAGAGCAGAGGUACUCAUAGCUUAAGAUGUUUUGUUGAACUGUAUAUAGUAGAUCUGUUGAGCGUUCAGAGCACCUUGUACAGUUGUGCAGCAUUCAGAUUAAUAUGUUUGAUACUUGAGAAAAAAGGCACUUCAUGUGUUCUCUACCUUAAUGAUUCGUUGGAUAAUUAAAAGUAAAACUUGGAAUUCUGUAAAAUCUCAAUAAAGCACUCUGUUCCACCAUUUCUUCAUACAGUCUGAAACUUCCAUGUACAGUCUGUUUUGCUACUUUUUUAUUUUGGUUCAGUUUACAGGCUACCAGUGAAAAAACAUCUUAAUUGUGAAGCUUUAUGUUCUCAUAUAUCACCUGUGGGUGUGUUUUUUCUUUUUCAGACCUUUGUUUACUUUGCGGUAUUUGAGGAAACUUGUUCUCUGCAUAAGAUCAAUGUUGGUUUUGGGAUUGUGUCACGUUGUAAAGUGACAGAAUAUUUAUGUUACAUUUGUUUAAUAACUAAACUGCUUUCAUAAAAGAGACUUUUUAAACCUUG